AUGUCCGCAAAGGAGCGCAAAGCGUACAGUGGCGCUUUCAGGUGUAUGUACACUUCACUUUCUAAGUCUGAUUCGACAUUGGUUCCUGGAGCUCGAUCCCGAUACGACGACUUCGUUGGACAGCACAUCAAUCAAACCAGAUCGAUUCAUGGUACUGGAAACUUCUUAAGCUGGCAUAGGUACUUUGUGCAUUCCUUUGAGAAUGCACUAAGGGAAGAGUGCGGCUAUACUGGCUUUCAGCCGUACUGGAACUGGUUUAGUUACCAGGAUGAUCUGAGCAAGUCCCCUGUUUUCGAUGGUUCUGCUACAAGCAUGGGUGGUGAUGGCUACUAUGUCAAGCAUAAUGGAAGUACUGGUGGCGGUGGCAGAAUUUAUCUACCGUCUGGCAACGGUCGUGGCUGCAUCAAAAGCGGACCGUUCAAAAACGUGCAACUAAACCUUGGACCCAUUAGCCCUACCAUGGCCGGAGCAAACAAAUCGGCAUCAGCGCUGGCCUGGAACCCGCGCUGUGCGAAGAGGGAUCUUACCAAUUUCGCAUCUAAUACCUGGUUCACUUUCGAAAACCUGUACAACAUCACGCUUGGUGCCGCAUCUAAGGACAUUUCAUCCUUUCAAAAUGAACUUCAGGGUCGUUUUGCGGAUGGCUUCCUUGGUCUUCACGCUUCGGGUCAUUUUGCCAUAGGUGGCGACAGCGGUGACCUCUACAGUAGUGUCAACGAUCCCGUUUUCUUCAUGCAUCAUGCAAUGCUUGACAGAGUAUGGUGGAUCUGGCAAGCGCUGCACCUAGACCAGGCCAGGUCUGUUGAGGGAUCGCGCUCUAUGUUAGACCCAAACGACCCAAGGACUACGCUUGACCAUGUCAUUGAGACCAACUGGCUGAACACUCCCGAUGUCAAGAUUAGUGACGUUAUGAGCACUCUCAGCGGAGAGCCUCUGUGCUACAUCUAUUUGUAG